AUGUCUGUCACUACAGCUGAGUUUCAGGAACGCCUUCGUCAGCUUCAGGGUCAACCAGAGGUUCGUCUCUUUGUUCGUGCCUCAAUCACUGAUCGGAACACCGUUGGUGCUUGCCUCAUUUGUCAUCAAUGGCUAAUGGUCUUCCGCUACAUGGUAGAGAUGGAUCUUAUUCGCCUUGAGGUGGUGCCCAUCUCCUACGACAACGAACCGGAGGACUACAAGUGUCUUCACUGUUCUAAACGUCUUCCUGCUGCUUUUCUGCCCGAUCUUCAACUGGCUGCUUCCACACCAGACGAAUUGGAAGCCCUCCUCGCCAAGUUCCAGUGUCCUCAACUUGCCCUCCCUUUUGAGUCAAAGGAGGUGUUGGAGGCAACCCACGCCUUUAUCGAUGUCUAUAAGAAUGUGCUUAACUUCAUCCGGAAUGGCGUAGAGAGUCCACUACUGAACGCCUUGAAACGAUUGGAGGAUUACCUACAAACCCAGAAGACGCGAUACCUACUGGGAGAGAAGCUAACGUUCGCCGAUUGUAUGUUGAUGCCAAAACUGCAGGUGAUGCGAGUUUUACUGCGUGCCUGUAAACAAUGGGACAUUCCAAUGGACUUGGUCAACAUCUGGCGCUACGUCCAAAGUAUGUACGAGACCACGGCAUUCACUGUCACCUGCCCCUUGGACAGGGACAUUCUGAUGCACUAUCGAGAGAACAAAGCCUUGGACAUUCCAAUGACAGCGAUGCGUUCAGCUGAUGACUACCUGCACUCCUGUCCUUCGCAGUUACCGCCUUUGAAGUGA